AUGGCAGCAAACGGAAAGGAAUCGUCUGAGUUGACCUUGACGGUCUUAGGUUGUGGAACCAUGGGCAUAGCAAUUCUGUCCGGCAUUCUCUCCUCCCUCUACGAGAUCCAGCCCCAGAAAUCGCUCUUCCUUCAGUCUCCAUCCGGUACCACCACGCCCGCAGAAGAAGUCCCUUCCCGUCUGCCCUCGAAAUUUGUAGCUUGUGUCCGAAGACCAGAGUCCGCGAAGAAGAUCAAGCAGGCGUUGGCUGCGCACCUCAAGGCGGUGAAGAUUGUGCAGAAUGACAAUGUGUCUGCGUGUCAAGAAGCGGAUGUCGUAUUACUGGGCUGCAAGCCGUAUAUGGUGAACGAUAUUCUGAAGGUGGAGGGUAUGAAAGAGGCGUUGGCGGGGAAGCUGUUGAUAUCGAUUUGUGCUGGUGUGCCAGUGACGCAGAUCGAAGAAGCACUUUAUGGGGAAGUCAGUACGGGAAACCCCGAGAAGGAGGGGAAGUGCAGGGUUGUGAGAGCUAUGCCAAACACGGCGUCUGGGAUUAGGGAGAGCAUGACUGUCAUUGCAACUUCCGUCCCUCCUUUACCGGCAGAGACUUCGAGCCUGGUUACAUGGAUCUUCAAGCGGAUAGGAGAUGUUGUUCAUCUCCCUGCCAGCACUAUGGAUGCUAGCACAGCGUUAUGUGGUUCUGGACCUGCGUUCUUUGCGUUGAUGCUGGAGGCUACGAUUGAUGGGGCUGUGGCUAUGGGUCUGCCAAGAGCAGAGGCUCAGAGGAUGGCUGCGCAGACUAUGAGAGGUGCUGCUGGAUUGGUUCUCGCUGGCGAACAUCCGGCGUUGCUGAGGGAUAAGGUUUCCACGCCUGGAGGGUGCACAAUUGGUGGCUUAUUAGUGCUGGAGGAAGGAAGGGUGAGGGGAACAGUGGCAAGAGCUGUUAGGGAGGCGACUGUUGUGGCUAGUCAGCUUGGAAUGGGAGUUCAAGGUGUUAAUGGGACGAGAUUUUAG